AUAAUGGCUGAGUGUCUGUCAUUACGUCCAAUGAAAAGCGACGACUUUCAAAUCGUCACAGAAGUCGUCACUCAUAAACUCAACCAUAUUCCUAUUUUCAAGGGCGAUUUCGCUGGUCUAGCACCAAAAGUGCAGCGUUUCGUUGCUGAAAAAGCUGAACUGAUGAAUCCAGCCGGUAUUUUCAUUUGCGAUGGCUCUCAGAAGGAAUUUGACGACAUCGUCGAUAAACUCGUCGAAAGGGGAGUGCUCACUCCACUCAAGGCCUACGAAAAUAACUACCUCUGUCGCACUGACCCACGUGAUGUGGCUCGUGUCGAAUCGAAGACAUGGAUGGUCACCAAGAACAAGUACGACUCUGUCUGUCAUACUCCCGAAGGAGUUCGACCGAUUAUGGGUCAAUGGAUGAGCGAAGAACAAUUCGCUAAAGAACUCGACGCCAGAUUCCCUGGAUGCAUGGCCGGACGUCCAAUGUACGUUGUGCCGUUCUCCAUGGGACCAAUUGGUGGACCUCUUUCGAAGAUUGGAAUCGAACUCACCGAUUCAAGUUAUGUGGUAUUAUGUAUGAAGAUCAUGACCCGCAUGGGUACGAAAGUGUUGGAGGCACUUGGUGACAACGAUUUCGUUCGUUGCAUUCAUUCAGUUGGUCUACCACGUCCAGUGAAACAGAAGGUAGUAAACCAUUGGCCUUGUAAUCCGGAAAAGGUGAUGAUUGCUCAUCGACCCGUUGAGCGUGAAAUUUGGUCUUUUGGAUCAGGUUACGGCGGAAACUCUCUUCUUGGAAAGAAAUGCUUCGCACUUCGUAUCGCCUGUAAUAUUGGACUAGAAGAAGGCUGGAUGGCUGAACAUAUGCUGAUCAUGGGCAUCACAAAUCCUGCUGGCGAAGAGCGAUUCGUUGCCGCGGCUUUCCCGUCUGCUUGCGGAAAGACAAAUCUAGCAAUGCUUGAGCCGACAGUGCCGGGAUGGAAAGUACGCGUCGUAGGAGACGAUAUCGCUUGGAUGAAAUUCGGUAGCGAUGGACGUCUUUAUGCAAUUAACCCAGAGGCAGGAUUUUUCGGUGUAGCACCAGGUACCUCACACAAAACAAAUCCUAUGGCGAUGGCGUCGUUCCAAAAGAAUUCCAUCUUUACCAACGUUGCAGAGACGGUUGAUGGUGAAUACUUUUGGGAAGGACUUGAGAAAGAACUCAAAGCCAAGAGGAAUCUCACUGACGAACAGUUGCGCCACAUUGAAAUCAGAAACUGGCUUGGCGAAAUUUGGCAUAUCGGUGACGAGGGAAAAGCCGCUCAUCCGAAUUCGCGUUUCACUGCACCAGCUGCGCAGUGCCCAAUCAUUCAUCCAAAAUGGGAAAAUCCCGAUGGAGUGCCUAUCGAUGCUAUCAUUUUUGGAGGUCGCAGACCUGAAGGAGUGCCUCUGGUGUUCGAAAGUUUCUCAUGGGAGCAUGGCAUUCUGGUCGGAGCACUUGUGAAGUCAGAAGCGACGGCAGCUGCAGAGCACACUGGAAAGCAGGUAAUGCAUGAUCCGAUGGCAAUGCGUCCAUUCAUGGGCUACAACUUUGGCAAGUAUCUACAGCAUUGGAUCGAUCUCGGAAAACCACCACACAAGGCACGAAAAGGUACAUCGCACUUAUUACAGGCACCAAAGAUCUUCCAUGUGAACUGGUUCCGCGAGACAAAGGACCACAAAUUCUUGUGGCCCGGUUUCGGUGAUAAUAUUCGCGUAUUGGACUGGAUUCUACGAAGAGUUGAUGGUACCGAGGAUAUCGCUGAAGAAACGCCCAUUGGAUACAUACCGAAACGAGGUAGUAUCAAUCUAGACGGCCUUCCUCGUAUUGACUGGACGGAAUUGAUGUCAAUUCCUAAACAUUACUGGGAAGAAGACAUCGACGAAAGCAGGCACUUCCUGGAAUGCCAGGUCGGACCUGACCUUCCAAAGCCGAUAGCCGAUGAACUCACUUUGCUUGAGAAGAGGAUCCAUUCAAUGUGA